AAUAAAAAAUGGCCACGCCUGCACCACACAAUGAUAUACACCCAUCAUCUUCCCUUCCCUUCACUUCACUUCACUUCGCUUCGCUUCGCUUGUAAUGUGUCUCUCUCUGAAUUUUCAUUCGCUUCCUUGAUCCUCUUAUUUUGCAAACCUCUGUUUUUCACUGGCAGGAUCAUGUUUCAGGAUUCAAUCAAUUGAUUUUUUAUUUCUAGAAAUCUAAAUUGUGUGUGGUAGAUAGAGAUGGGAAGCAAAUGGAGAAAAGUGAAGCUGGCUCUUGGUUUGAAUUCGUGUAUUUAUGCACCUCGAACUGUCGAAGAACCGUCACCGUCCACGACCUCGGCACCGCUGAGGUCCGACUCCGUUUUGGGCUCUCCCUCGACACCCCCCUCCUCCUCCGCUUAUUCCCGCCUCCUUCGUUUGUCCAAAUCCGGACCCAUAUCCUGCAAGAUCACAUGCGCAAUAUGCCUGAACAGCAUGAAACCAGGCCAAGGCCAUGCUAUUUUCACUGCAGAAUGCUCCCAUUCUUUCCAUUUUCACUGUAUUACUUCCAGUGUAAAACAUGGGAACAAAGUUUGCCCUGUUUGCCGAGCAAAAUGGAAAGAAAUUCCCUUUCAAAGCCCUGUCUCUGAUCAUCCUCAUGGAAAAUUAAGGAUCAACCCAAUUCCUCGGGAUGACGCAUGGAUGACUGUCGUACAGCGACUUCCUUCCCCUCAGCAAGAUGCAAGAAGGCAAACUACUCCACUUUUGCGUGUCCGUGAGCCACCUAUUUUUGAUGAUGAUGAAGUUUUAGAUCCCCAUAGUGAGUUUACUGAGAAGAGAUCAGCUACCACAAAUUCUUCAAGUGAAAAUUUUAUCGGGACAAUAGAGUUCAAAACAUAUCCAGAAAUUUCUGCUGUUCCUAGAGCUGUCUCUCAUGAUAAUUUCACUCUUUUGAUCCAUCUUAGGGCUCCCUUUAUAAGUAGAGUACAAAAUUGCUGUGAAACCCAGCCUACGUUGCCUUCGACACAGCAAAAUUUGCGUGCGCCUGUGGACCUUGUUACGGUGAUUGAUGUUAGUGGUAGUAUGUCAGGAACCAAGCUUGCUUUGUUGAAACGGGCUAUGGGAUUUGUGAUCCAAAAUCUUGGUCCUUCUGACCGGCUCUCUGUCAUUGCCUUCUCUUCAGCAGCUCGUCGUAUCUUUCCUCUUCGUCGGAUGACUGAGACAGGGAAGCAGGAGUCACUGCAGGCUAUUAAUUCUCUGGUCUCUAAUGGAGGCACAAAUAUUGCCGAUGGUUUAAGGAAAGGUGCCAAGGUGUUGGUAGAUCGUAAGUGCAAGAAUCCGGUUUGUAGUAUCAUACUGUUAUCUGAUGGGCAAGAUACAUACACUGUCAACAGUCCUGGUGGUGCUGGUCCUCGAACUGAUUACAAACUGCUUCUCCCUGUCUCAAUCCAUCGUGAUAGUGGUACAGACUUCCAGAUUCCAGUGCAUGCAUUUGGUUUUGGAUCAGACCACGAUGCUUCCUCUAUGCAUUCAAUUUCUGAGAUAUCCGGUGGUACAUUCUCAUUCAUUGAAGCUGAGAGUGUAAUUCAGGAUGCAUUUGCACAAUGCCUGGGAGGGCUUCUGAGUGUAGUUGUGCAGGAGUUGAAGCUUAAUGUUGAGUGCAUUCACUCGAGCUUGCAAAUUAGUUCAAUCAAGUCUGGAAGUUAUCGAUCCAGUCUGUUGGCCAAUGCAAGAAUUGGUUCCAUUGAUGUCGGAGACUUGUAUGCUGAAGAAGAAAGGGAUUUUUUAGUAACAGUUAAUGUCCCAGCUGACGAGUCGAGUGAUGAAAUGUCAUUGCUGAAGGUUAAAUGCGCUUAUAGGGAUCCCCUUACGAAUGAGAUGGUGACUUCAGAGUCUAGUGAAGUAAAGAUCCUGAGACCAGAAACAACUGGACCCUCAGUAGUGUCAUCUGAAGUAGAUAGGCAGCUAAACAGGCUACAUGCUGCAGAAGCAAUGUCUGAGGCUAGGGUUGCAGCAGAACGUGGGGAUCUACAUGCUGCAGUAUCUGUCCUUGAGAGCUGUCACAAGGUAUUGACAGAAUCUGCAUCUGCACGAGCUGGUGACAGAUUAUGCAUUUCACUGUGUGCGGAGUUGAGGGAGAUGCAAGAAAGGAUGGCCAACCGUAGUGUAUAUGAGGCAUCUGGCCGGGCUUAUGUUCUAUCAGGCCUGAGUUCACACUCAUUGCAACGGGCAACAGUACGAGGUGAUUCCACAGAUAGUUCAAGCCUUGUACGAGCUUAUCAGACGAUAUCUAUGGUCGACAUGGUAUCUCGUUCACAAACCAUGAUCUUUGGGAAGCCCUCAUCUAAACGGUCACUCCGGGCAACAAUGUCAUUUCCCGCAGGCCGAGCACAGCCAAGGUAACUGCUACAAUUCAUUGGAAAAACUGUCCUCACCCUAGUUUAGUAUAUAUUCUAUAUCCGCAAACCUCUUUUAUUUCUUUGAACUCCUAUUAGUUUUGAUUCCAUGUUUAAGAAUUUGGGUAAACUGGGGAGGUUGGGAGAUUGGUUAUUUUUACAUAAAUGGGGUAUAUUUUUCUUGUUUUGCUAUGUAAAGGGGAGGAAUAAGUGUUUGGAGAAGACAUCUUUGAGAAAAAUUUCAAGAGGAAGGGGAAGGUAUAUAUAUUAGCUUGUAUUAUCAACAGGAAAAAUAUAAAUUUAGCUCCAAUUGCAUCUUUGCCCACGUGGCUUCCA